UGAUGUCAGACUGUUCUAUUUUUUACAGAAUUACUAUACUGAUUCUUGAUAAGAUUGUAAUUUUUUUGUAAGAAUGGAUGUGAAAAACUUGGAAACCUAUGCUAUAAUAGGGUUUGAUGGCUCUGCUAUUCGGGGGUUAAAAGUUCAUCCUGAUGGUGAACAUAUUGCCUACCCUAUGGGCAACAAAGUCUGCAUUCAAGAGUGGAAAACAAAGAAAAUGUAUUUUCUCAGUGGCCAUACUAACAGUGUGUCUACUGUAGCAAUUUCCCCAAAAGGAACAUUUGUGGGUUCCGGACAAAUCAACCACAUUGGGUUUAAAGCUUCUGCCAAGUUGUGGGAUUUUAAAAAGAAGACACUGCUAGGCAGCCAUGAAUUGCACAAAGUCCGUGUAGAAGCAUUGACGUUUUCAUCCGAUGAGAGGUACAUGAUCUCGUUGGGCGGGCGAGACGACGGUUGCGUGGUGCUGUGGGACUGCAUAGCGGGAGCUGCAACAGGCACUGCGGCUGCUUCCAAGCUGACCACCGGGGACGCUAUGACGCUGACCACGCUCAAUUUGAGGGUGAACAGCUUUGUGACUGGAGGAGAUUCCAAUCUACGUGUGUGGAACAUCCGCGCGGAGUCCAAGAAUUUGGACGUGGUGGACGUAGGCCUGGGAAAACUACGCCGCAGCGUGCGAUGCAUAGCGGUCAGCAGCGAUGACGCCUACGGUUACGCUGGAACUACCACUGGCGAUAUGAUAAAGUUCUCCAUCAACUAUCCCCCGGAUCCGACGGCGUCAGUAGCUAACUGCAAACCAACGCUUAUCGGUUGCCUCGCUAAAUGUGGACCGUGGAAGAAGGGCAGGAGGCCAGACGCUGUUUGUUACAGUCAAGGAAUCGAGUCAAUCCUGAUUAUGGAAGACGGAUGCCUGAUCGUGGGUUCCGGCGAUGGAACGGUUGAUCUGCUGGACGAAAUCAACUGGAAGGGCGAUUUCCCCAAAGGCAAGAUCGUAAACCCGAGUAAACCUUUCUUUAAAGCACUCAAAAGCACCAAGUUAGACGGCUGCAUAACAUCGUUGGAGUUGAUGGAGUCGCCGUCCUUGCGCGGGGAUAAGCGCCUUUUACUUGCGGGCACUCGCACCAGCGAAAUCUACGCCAUCAACGUGACUACAUUUGUUCCGGUCAUGGUGGUGACUUGCCAUCGAUGCGCUAUCAACGAUGUCGCGUUCCCCAGGAGAAUGUCUGGUGUCUUCGCUACAGCUGGCGCGGGUGAUGUGAGAGUAUGGUGUUUGGAGACUUGCCAGGAGUUGCUGCGUAUAGUGGUGCCGAACUUCACAUGCUCCGCAGUUCUAUUCAGCGGUGACGGCAAGUCGAUAGUGUCUGCAUGGAAUGACGGGAACAUUCGAGCAUUCACUCCGCUCACGGGCCGCCUCAUCUACUGCAUAUACAACACUCACAACAAGGGCACGUCCGCGUUGGACAUGACCAACGACGGACGGACGCUCAUCUCCGGGGGCUGCGAGGGACAGGUGCGAGUAUGGGACAUCAAACCGGAGUGCCAGAGUCUGAAGAAGGUGUUAAAGGAGCACAAGAGCCCAGUGUCGGCCAUACAGGUGUCUCCGAACAAUACGGAGGCAGUUAGUGCUGGGACCGACGGAUCCUGCAUCAUAUGGGACUUGAUUUCACUUUCAAGACGGCAAGUGAUGUAUGCCAACACUCUGUUCAUGUGCGUAUGCUUCGAGCCGCAGGGCUGUCAGCUGCUGACUGGCGGCACGGACCGCCGCGUCGCCUACUGGGAGACCGGCAGUGGCAACCUUGCCAGAGAGUUGGAAGCAAGUAAAGUGGGCGCCGUCAACGGAUUGCACAUCACGCAAAAUGGAGAGUUGUUCGUGACAGGCGGAAACGAUCAAAUGGUCAAGCUAUGGAAGUACCAAGAAGGUAUAUACACGCACAUGGGGCUGGGGCACGCGGGCGCCGUCACGUGCUGCCGGUUCAGCCCUGACGCCAGCUUCAUAGUGAGCUGCUGCGCGGCCGGCAGCAUUAUCGUGUGGCGCGUGCCCGAGCAAUACCUGACAAAGCAACAAUCGUCUGGUCGUAAGAGCGUACCGGAGUCUCCGAAGUCGUUACAAGAGGAGCUAAGACUGCCGCUAGCUGAGAAACCAGAGCAUAGAGCGUCUGGCGAUCGACCGUUAAAAUUACCCGCCGCUCCAUCUAAGGUUGAGAAGAUAGAAGCCAUGGACACGACACGCAGCAGCGUGCACUCGUGCUGCCCGUGCGACGCGACCGCGCGAUCCAACAAGUCCGACAAGAGUGGGUCUAAAACUGGCAAGUCCUGCAGGCCACCAGUAGGAGAUUUCAUGCCUACAAAAACUACAAGUAAGGAGUUCAUAAGCAGUGGAGGUGGGGAUAGAAAAUAGGAACCCAAUAACGAAUAAACGUAUGACCAAUGUGUUCAAUGUACCAAAACUUAUUUAUUAUAUUUUAAUAAAUUUUGUAUGAAUACAAUUCUUUUUUUUUUAUAACAAGCAAGUACUUACACUGCCGUCCUCAAACUAAAGUACGGCUAAGUGACACAUGGUCGAUUUUUCAGCCCUAAAUUGCAUCUUAUAUAGUUUUUAAUACUCUAUCGAUCUGUAUUUAACAAGUAUUCGUAUCUUUUAUAGUUUAAGUCUAAAAAUCCGUCAUGUGCUGAAUGGUUACAAAAUAGCAAUAAUUUUAAGUUUACUAGCCGUUUUUUGGCCAUAUCUCAAAAGUUGAUUGUGUCAUUUAGCUGCGUUUUAGUUUGAGGACGGCAGUACAGGAUCUCCAUAUUCUAUUUUUAAAUACAUUCUAAAAUCACAUAUAUAAUGUUUUAAGGUACAAUUUCGCAAUGGUUUCUGAAAUCAUCCUGUACAUUAAACUCAUCAUCAUCAGCCUAAUAACGUCCUAACUGCAGGGGCACAGGCCUUCCCUAUGGAAUAGGGAGAUGGGACUGUGACCCAUGCAAAGCAGAUUGUUGGUUGCUAUCGACUGCAGAUGCAGGGGCCACUACCUUACAGGUGCCUUCCGAAGCACAGAGGAGCUCGAGAUAUUAAGUUUUUGGUCACCCUUCCAAUGAAUGACAUUUGGGAAAGCUGCUUAAUCUUAAUGAUUGCAAGCCAAAUGCUCUAACCACCUGCGCCAUCAAACUCCUCAGCUUUAACUAUAUGCCAUUAUUGGUUUUAACUCUGAUUUUGAUUUGGGCUGAUUUUCAUUAAUAUAAUAAUUAUUGAUGAGAGAUUAUUAAAAUUAUCUCAUUGGAGACGACUUUCAUAUUCUAUGAGAUAAUUUCUAUAACAUAAGAAUAAUACAAAAGGUAUGCAAUAAUUCCUUAUUACAGAAAAUUUAAAAAAAAAUAUAAAUAAUAAUAUAUUCCUUACAUUCAUGACAUGCAAGUAAUUUAACUGUAGGUAUCACACACCUCCAUAAUAAAGGCAAAUUCACAUUGAUACAGUAGGUAGUUAGAUCCAAACUUAGGUACAUAACAACAAGACUUUACUUAUCUUCAGUGGCUAGAUGGUGACAGUCGCAUGAAAACUAUUUAUACAUCUUGCAGAGCUGGUGUCAUCUACUCUAUCAAUGUCCUUUGCCAUUAUGUAAUAGCUGCUCUUAGCUUGGUUAUUUGUGUUGCUAUUUGUGAACUUUACAUCAGUCUGUCCUUCUCAUUCCUUAUAAAGUAUGAUAAGAACAGACUUUUCAAGUUUACAAAUAGCAAAUACGAAUAGCCAAGUGAAGCUCCGUCAUACGUAAUAUCUACAUUUCAUAAAAAUAUUUUUUGUAUAAUUAUUCACGUUGUUGUCUUUGGUUUCACCUAAAUGCUGUUCAACUGUAAAAGAACAUAGCUGUUCAUCCCCAAGCUUGGCUUUUACAGUAGUGCAAAACUAAUUUGCCAUCUGUUCCAAAGCACUCAUACAAAUUCUUCACUAUUUGGUCUGGAGAAGGGGCAAAAGUUUGGUUCACAUACAAAAACUGAAAUAAAAACAAAAGUUAUUAACAAAAUAUCACAUGGU